GUCUUGUACAUGAAGAGAAGAGUCCCGAGGUUUAGCACAACACAAACGGCUUUUUCUUUGCUCGGCUUUGGAGGAAAGGGUUUAACGGAGGAAGAAGAAAGAAGAAAAUGGUGAGAUUAACGGCGGAUUUGAUUUGGAAAAGCCCUCAUUUUUUCAAUGCACUUCGAGAGCGUGAAUUAGAUCUUCGAGGGAACAAGAUUGCCGUUAUUGAGAACUUGGGUGCAACUGAGGACCAAUUUGACACCAUUGAUUUGUCUGACAAUGAGAUAGUCAAGCUUGAAAACUUUCCUCACCUGAAUCGGCUUGGCACUUUGUUGAUCAACAACAACAGAAUUACCCGUAUCAAUCCGAACAUUGGAGAGUUCUUGCCAAAACUGCAUUCCUUGGUUCUUACUAACAAUCGACUUGUUAACUUGGUGGAGAUUGAUCCUCUUGCAUCACUCCCGAAGCUCCAGUUCCUCAGUCUGCUUGAUAACAAUAUUACUAAGAAACCAAAUUAUCGCUUGUAUGUCAUUCACAAACUGAAGGCUUUGCGCUUGCUUGACUUCAAGAAAGUGAAGCAAAAGGAGCGAGCUGAGGCAGAAAUUCUAUUUGCAUCAGAAGAAGCUGAAGAGGAGGCUAAAAAGACAUCCGUUAAGACAUUUGUACCUGGUGAGGUUGAAAGUACCCCGGAGGUUCCCAAGGAAGAGCAAACCCCUAAAAUUGUUGCCCCUACACCAGAGCAAAUUAUAGCUAUCAAGGCUGCCAUUGUGAACUCCCAAACUCUUGAAGAGGUUGCAAGGCUUGAACAGGCAUUGAAGUCAGGCCAGCUUCCUGCUGAUUUCAGUAUUGAGAAUGAAGCCAUGACAACAAAUGAAAGUGUGAAAGAUGACAAAAUGGUUACAGAUGAUCUUAAUGAAGCGACUGAUGAGCCUAAACAUAUCGAGCCUGAACAGAAGAAUGAUGAUGCUACAGAAAUGGAGCAGGAGUAGAUUGGGUGAUAUAUUGCUUAGCACGUUUUUGUCAGCGAUCUCAGAUGGUGGGUUGGUCAUGUGGGAACCAUCUUAUGCUAAAACUGGGUAAGCUUAAGAGCUUUUCUUCUGUCUGAAUAACUGUGGAUUGAGUAAUCUAUUUAUUGAAAGCCAUUGUUGUCUGGCAAAUGAUUAAAAGUUAAAAGGUUGUAAUAGAGUAUACGCCAACAUGAUGUUCAACAUUUACUUUUCUUUAGAAGAAUCACUAAUCUUGCGUCCUUUCUCGGUCGUAGAUGCAGAUGUAGUAGAUAUUGUAUGGUAGAUGGAAUUAUCAUUGAAAAUGAGAGCCAUUCCCUUUUUAGUUU